AUGAUUUCACCCAACGAGCCUGAAAACGACAAAGUCUUAUUCUUCAACUUUAACCAAGACUACAGCUGUGUCUCCGUGGGAACCACAUCUGGUUACCAAAUGUACAAUUGCGAUCCCUUUGGUCAAUGCCAUUCACAAGGGAACGCUGGGACCAGUAUCGCGGAAAUGCUGUUUUCUACAUCCCUUGUAGCGUUAGUAGGUGUGGGAACGUGCCCUGAAUUCAACUCGAGGGAUCUUCACAUUAUCAAUACCAAGAAUAAUUCCUCUAUUUGCGAGCUAAAGUUUCCAGAGCCGGUGUUGGCUGUCAAGAUGAAUCGGCGUAGGAUGAUUGUGGUGCUCGAACGUCAAAUCUUCCUGUACGACAUUCGCAACAUGAAACUGCUGCACAGCUUUGAGACGGUUCCCAAUCCAAAAGGCGCCUGUGCACUUACAUCGUCACCUGAAAAUUGCUUGAUUGCGUAUCCAGCACAACCCUCCGUGGCAUCAAGCCCUUUGGCACCCUUUGGACAACCCGUAUCACCACCACCAACACCCAAACACAAUGACAUUUCAGGCGAUGUGGAGAUAUUUGAUGCCGUCAAUAUGCAACUUAUCAAGAUUAUCCCCGCUCAUAAAUCACCUAUCAGCUGCCUUGCUAUGAAUGCUGAUGCAACUCUCUUGGCAACAGCGAGUGAAAAGGGAACGGUCAUUCGCAUGUUUUCUUUACCAGAUGCCAACAAAGUGUUUGAAUUCAGACGUGGAUCGUAUCCUGCCAGUAUUUAUUCCAUUUCAUUCAAUCUUGCAAGCACGUUGCUAUGCGUAUCAAGUGACACGGAGACGGUGCAUAUUUUCAGAAUUCCUGCUUCUGAAGAGGACGCUGAUGCGGAGGAAACAAAAGCUGGCGUGGGCAACAAGUUGAGACGCUCUUCAAAACAUCUCGGUCGGAACAUCGGAUCCAUCCUGCCACACAUGAUCACCGGCAUGUGGGAACCACUACGUGAUUUUGCAUCCCUCAAACUACCUAAUACUGGUGUACGAAGCUUGGUUGCCUUGAGCAGUACUAUGCCUCAGGUGAUGCUCGUGACUUCAGAAGGAUAUCUCUACGAAUACAGCAUCGAUCUAGAAAAAGGUGGUGAAUGCAUGCUUUUGAAACAACAUAGUCUUCUCAAGUGA